AUGGGACUAGGAGUCGAGAAGUUUUCCUGUUUCUCCAGGCCGCGGAAUCACAACGAGGAUGAGCGCUUAUACGGCGAGUCAGUCGAUGUACAAGCGCUGCGCACCGAGAACGGACGACUUGGACGAUCUCUGAACGACUUGCGCUCGCAACUAGAAUUUGCGAAAGACGAUGCCGAGAAGUCGCGCCAACGUCUGGAUACAUCGAACGCGAGACAUUCCUCAGAGGUCGGCGCUUUGGUGCGCCAGUUGGACGUUGAACGGCUUCAGCACGAGGAUGGGAUCGUUGCAAUGCAGCAGGAAUUGACCAGAACGAGAAUGGAAUUCGAGAAGCAGACACGGACAACAAAAGCUACACAUGAGCAACAGAUGACCAACGUCUUCCAAGAACACAAGAUACAGAUAUCACAAAGAGAAGCGGAAAUAGCGCGUUUGAGACAGGACCAUGAUAGAAAAUUAUCGCAGCUGCACGAAGCCCAUAAGGCCGAGCUAACUCAAAUGACGUACCAUCAUGAGCGAGUUACCCAGCGGCUACGAGAUGAUAUACAGAGGCUCAAUGCAGCGUUGCUAACACGCGAUGAUCAGAUAUACCAAGGAGAGCUUUUUACUACAUCAGGCUUACCUGCGAGUCCGGACGAGCACAUCGCAAGUCAAUUCUCAGAUAUCGAGCAAAUGAUCGAGAGUCUUGGCAGGUUACAAUGGAGGCAGUCACCGAAGAUGUGGACUAACGAGGUGCUGCGAGCAAUUCGUGGCAGUCACAACGAUAGAGUGUUGAAAAGAGCUAUUGUACAAGAUCUGGUAUGGAGUCUUCUUUUCAAAUACAUCUUCUGCAGUCCUUUUCGAGUUUUUGGUUCGGAGGGUCGCAAGCAAGCUGUCGCUCAAUUCUACGAUUACCCAGAACCAGGAGCAAAGGCAGAGAGGUGGCGCUACAUAACAGUCAAGGAAUGUGCAGAAGUACUACGACCACCUGUGCCAUCCGAGUGGGAUCCACGUAUGCGAUUGAGAAAAGGCUUCAUGGACAACUUGAAGGAACUCGGGUCGGAUUUGACGUCGUCGCUGGAAAACAUAAUCGAUCUUACUUCCUCUGACCUACAGACGAUUGUGAAGUUGGGCAAGAAGGCAGCAACCAUAUGGCUGGACUUCUCGAUGCAUCGCUGUCGUUUGGUGCUACUCUUAAGGGGGCCUCCAACGCUGUCGAUGGAGGAGAAGAUAGUCAUGGCACAGACCAAGUCUCUGGAGUUGACAGUGGUUCCUAUGUUAGGCAGAUAUGGAAACGCGAUGGGCGUGGACCUGCUUGACUUCAAGGUCAUCGAUAAAUGUGGCGGAGAUAGCAUUGUUAUCCCAGGGUAG